UAGAGUGUUUAGUGCAAUACGCAUGAAAGUGAGAUUCAUCUUCUAUUUGAUGAGAUCCACAAAACGUAGAACAUCUUUUGAUCUCAGCGAGAAUCAAACUCACGACCUCUGGAUUAGAUAAUUGACGGUUGCUCUAUCGACUGACAGCAAAGCACAGCUGAUCUAAUACGAAGUUCAUGGUUUCAAAUCUUUCGCUCUAUGUUGGCAGAAUCACGUACAAGCGUCUGGCUGCGAUCACCGAUCGAGUUCUUUGUUCAAUUAUUGUAUUAAUAUUUAGAGACGUCAUUUUGAAGGAAUCAGUAGUGUCAAAUCCUCGAUCCUGAAAUGUGUUUAGAAUAAGCGUUUCUUUCGUUUUCAUAAAACUAAGAACUAAAGACAACUAAAUAUAGGGCGUGUUUAAACUGAAGACGAAAUGGCGAAAUGGCACUACGGUUAGCCCAAAUAGCGAUCCGGUUGGCCUAAAUAUCGCUGACUCGACCGUGGUUAGCUCUCAAAGAUAGGAAGGGUUAAACUUAUAGACACUCCUAUCCCACAUUGACUUUUACCCGUUGUACCAUUUCUUGAUUUCGCCAUUUCGUGUUGUAAACACGUCUCAAAGCAUACAUUGAAUUAUAGUGUGUGCAAAAAGUUUAUACAAAUGACUAUAAAUUUUAAUUUGUUUCCUGCAGGGUAAAACAACAGAGCGUUAUCUUCCCAGCACCAAGAAGCUACAGAAGUUAUCUACCACAAUGAGUGACAGUGCUGAUUUAGCACUCAUUUCUCUGUUCACAAUUUUAGAAAUAGUGUGCCUGACUUUCAACGUGUUGGUCUGUGUGGUUCUUUAUCGGAGCAAAUCACUGACAAUACCUAUGAACAACUUGAUUUUCAACUUAGCAAUAUCAGACGGUCUGACUGGUUUGUUUAUACUUCCUCGUCACGUGAUCUUCAGCAAGCCCGCAUUUCGGCAUCCGACAGACACCACAGGAGACUACUUCUGCAAGUUCAUUACCGGGAGUGGAAUCCUGUGGACAAGCUCCACAACAUCGGGUUUCCUCCUGAUCGCCAUUGCUGUGGAACGCUACACCUCUAUCAUGAUUCAAAACCGAAGAGCGCCGAUUACGUCUUCACAUAUCAAGGGCGUUAUAGCGUUUUGUUGGAUUUCCGCGUUUGCGGCGAAUUUACCAACGCUGAUCGUGUUUGAUUAUGACGAAAAGAGCGAUUUUUGCGUGGAACGUUGGCCAAGCUGGGUCUCUCCCAAAGCCUACGUCAUGUGUAUGUUCUUCUUGGGCUCGAGCUCGGUCAUUGUUAUGUAUGUGCUGUACUCCCAAGUUAUUUACACGUUGUGGAAUCGUCAGCGGAGGGCGACGGAGGUCUCUCAGGCUGCCAGACUGCGUGCGCGGAGGAACAUCACCAAAUUGUUGAUUUUGGUGACUUUUGUUCACACCGUCUGCCGUCUGCCGAAUUACACGACCUAUUUACUGGCAUAUUACGCCCCCGCCGUCAGUUACGGCUCCAAUACGUACAACAUCACGGUGCUUUUAAUUUUACUGAACUCAGCAGUGCACCCAUUCUUGUUGUGCUGGAAUAUGCAGGACUUCAGGAAACCCUUGUAUGUGUUGUUUUGCUGUAGCCACGCCAACAGGGUUUUUGCCGAGCCUGAGCCCUCCCAUGUGUGUGGUCACGAAGCGAGACUAUCCGUCUUCCAUCUGAGAACAAAGGAACAGACACGGCCAUCCACCGCUUCAUAAAUAUAUGUUGGCCAUUUCGGAGUUGCGCAGGGAAUUUCAAAUUUAAACCAAUCGAUAAAUUGAUGCCACAACAUAAAAGCGCACGUUGAGAUUGGUCAUUUGAGCAAGUAGGAUGCUUUUAGGGUAAACAGAGACCAGGUUAUAGACCAUGAAAUAUGUAUAGGUAAUCGUAUGAAUGCGAGGGCAAUUAAGGAUUUUCACCCCAAGUGAUAUUUGAAAAUUCUUCCAAAAUUGCAUGAACCUUUAGGCGAGUGCAUUUUGAAAUAAUUUUCGAAUAUCAUGAAAAUUAUAUUGCGAAUGCGCACGCGUUAAUAUGCACUGCGGUGCAAAUUAAGAAAUAUCGAUGAAUUGGCCUGCUCUCAGCCAAUCACAAUGAAGUAAUUUUCUUAGUCAUAUAGUAAGGUUAAUGAGACCCUGCUGCUGUGCAAUUUAAUAUAUUAAAGCCACGUCCAUACAAGGGGAGGGGCAGAUCUAACAGUACCAGCGAGGAUAUUUGGCUCCUUGGCCACACUAGAAGGAAAUUUAUAUGGAUAACAACAUUGCAACAACCCCUUUGCUGGGUAGAUGUAGGAAACAGAAACAAUGAAGUAAUCAUAUAAUACGGUUAAAAAUCCAUACAAACUCCUAAUUUUAAGACAGCUUAAUUUCCAAAACCAUAUGAACUCGUUAUUUUCUUAUCAGUUUUGUGACGACUGUAAAAUCCCGUUGUGCACCUACUAUUCCGAAGACACUGAGAUGAAAAUCUUCAUUUUUGCCCUUUUAAAAAGGAAGUCAGAAAUCAUAGAAAAAUCAUACGAGUUUAUAUAUUCAAUCUGGAAAUAGAGGACCCACUUAAAGACCAGCGAUGGUGACAAGACUUCCCUCUGCCGGUAUAUAGCGAUCUUUAUUACACGACUGAGUCAGUUCAGAGGGCCAAUAACUAAAAUCGACUAAUCAGAUUGCUCCAACGCUGGUCUAUUAUUCUCUAAUUAUUUGACAGGGCACUGUCCGGAAAAUGAUCCCGCAAGAUCACUCUUGAAGAUUUUUGGGUAGUUUCAGUCUUGUAAUGAUUCUCUUAUCAGCCAAGCUUGCUCGGGACCGUAC